AAAGGAUGGACUGUCCUCUCACUGUCUGUCACACUGAAGGAGACGCACAGAGGAGAGAGAUCACCAGAGGAGGAAGAUAACUAAACCGUGACAUCAUAUUUAUCGGUGGACAAACUGUACUUCUGGGAAUUGAGCCACUCAGGAGAAACACAGAUGUGAGCGACGCGCACAGGACAGACUCAGGUGCAGAGAAACCAAAACUGGCGGCGCACUUAGGAUGCAGAAGUCACCAGUGGAAGAUGCAAACUUCCUCUCCAAAUACUUCUUCUGGUGGACGACACCGCUGCUGAGGAAGGGCUUCAGGAAGAAGUUGGAGCUGACCGACGUUUAUAAGGCUCCGUCUUUUGAUCUGGCAGACAACCUCUCUGAGAGACUCGAAAGAGAAUGGGACAGAGAGGUGGUGUCAGCCAAGAACAACAAGCCCAAGCUGAUGAGAGCGCUGGCCCGAUGCUUCAUCGGCCCUUUCGCCUUCUUUGGUGUCCUCCUCUACCUCGGGGAGGCUUCCAAGACUGUGCAGCCUCAGCUUCUGGGUCGGAUCAUCGCCUCCUUCGACCCGUUCCACGCUCCGGAGCGGAACCAGGGAUAUUUCCUGGCCCUGGGCCUCUGCCUCCUCUUCACCGCCCGCUUCCUCCUGCUGCAACCUGCCAUCUUUGGCCUGCAUCACCUGGGCAUGCAGAUCCGCAUCGCCCUUUUCAGUCUUAUAUACAAGAAGACACUGAAGCUGUCCAGCCGAGUCUUGGAUAAGAUCAGCACUGGUCAGCUGGUCAGUCUGAUGUCCGCCCACCUCAACAAGCUGGAUGAGAGCUUGGGUCUGGCCCACUUUGUAUGGAUCACCCCCCUGCAGUGUAUUCUGUGUGUGGGUCUGAUCUGGGAGCUGAUCGAGGUGAACGGCUUUUGUGCGCUGGCAGCUCUGACUCUGCUGGGCAUCAUCCAGGCCUGGCUCUCCCAGAAGAUGGGACCGCACCGGGCUGAGCGAGCAGGGAUGAUCAGCCGCCGCCUGGCUCUCACCUCGGAGAUCGUGGAGAACAUCCACUCUGUGAAGGCGUACGGUUGGGAGGAUGUGAUGGAGACCAUCAUCAAGAACAUCAGGCAGGACGAGAUGACGCUUACGAGGAAGAUUGGCUCUCUGCGUUACUUCUACAGCGCCUCGUACUUCUUCUCCGCCAUCUUGGUCAUCGUGUCUGCCAUCGUUCCGCACGCGCUCAGUAAAGGCAUCAUCCUGCGCCGUAUCUUCACCACGGCCUCCUACUGCAUGGUGCUGAGGAUGACGCUGACCCGCCAGCUGCCGGGAUCCAUCCAGAUGUGGUACGACACACUGGCUCUGGUCAAGAAGAUCGAGGAUUUUUUGACGAAGGAAGAAUACAGAGUGCUGGAAUACAACCUGACCACCACUGAGCUGGAGAUGGUCAACGUUUCUGCAUCCUGGGACGAGGGCAUUGGUGAGCUGUUUGAGAAGAUCAAGCAGGAGAACAAAGCAAACGGACACCUGAACGGUGACGCCGGCCUCUUCUUCACCAACCUCUACGUCACGCCUGUCCUGAAAAACAUCAGCCUGUACCUGGAGAAGGGCCAGAUGCUGGCGGUGGCUGGAUCCACAGGCUCCGGGAAGAGUUCCCUGCUCAUGAUGAUCCUGGGAGAGUUGGUGCCAUCGGAGGGUAAAGUCAGACACAGCGGUCGCAUCUCCUUCUCACCACAGACUUCCUGGAUCAUGCCGGGGACGAUUCGAGACAACAUCCUGUUUGGCUUGACCUACGACGAGUACCGCUACAACUCUGUCAUCAAGGCCUGCCAGCUGGAGGAGGACUUUGCUUUGCUGCCUGAGAAAGACAAGACGCUCCUCAUCGAAGGAGGAGUGACCCUCAGCGGCGGUCAAAGGGCUCGACUCGGCCUGGCCAGGGCUGUGUAUAAAGAUGCCGACCUCUACCUGCUGGAUGCACCUUUCACCCACCUGGACAUCGUAACAGAGAAAGAGAUCUUUGAGAAAUGCGUCUGUAAACUUAUGGCUUCCAAGACGCGCAUUGUGGUCACCAGCAAGUUGGAGCAUCUCAAACGAGCCGACAAAAUCCUUCUGCUGCACAACGGAGACUGCUACUUCUACGGCACCUUCUCAGAGCUGCAGGCCAAGCGCCCUGACUUCAGCUCCCUCCUCCUCGGCAUGGAAGCUUAUGACAACAUCAACGCAGAGCGACGCAGCUCCAUCCUCACAGAAACGUUCCGCAGGGUCUCCAUCGAUGAAACCGCUGGCUUCCGAGGCCCAGAGACAAUUCGCCAGUCAUUCCGCCAGCAACCGCCUCCGAUAAUCGUCUCUGGACCCCAAGGCCAUCCUGGAGGUGAUGGCUACCCAGAAAAACGCAAACAGUCCCUCAUCCUCAGCCCCCUGGCAGCUGCUCGCAAGUUCUCCUUCAUCGCAAACUCCCAACAGACUGCGAAUACUCCCCAGUCCACGACGAUAGAGGACGGGGUUCGUGAACUUUCUGAGAGGAAAUUCUCCGUAGUGCCCGAGGAUGAUCAGGUAGAGGAGGUGCUCCCCAGGGGGAACUUGUACCAUCAUGGGUUGCAGCACCUCAACGGGCAGCGCCGCCAGUCUGUCCUGGCGUUCAUCACCAACUCUCAGGGCCAGGAGCGGCGAGAGCAGAUGCAGUCGUCCUUCAGAAAAAAGCUGUCCAUCACUCCACACUGCGACCUGGCGUCUGAGAUGGACAUUUACGCCCGCCGCCUGUCCAAGGACAGCGUUUAUGACAUAAGUGAAGAUGUGGAUGAAGAAGACAUGGAGCAAUGCUUCGCAGAUGAACGUGAGAACAUCUUUGAAACUACCUCAUGGAGCUCAUACCUACGCUACAUCACCUCCAACAGGAGCUUAGUAUAUGUCCUCAUUUUCAUCCUCUUAGUCUUCUUCAUUGAGGUUGGUGGUUCAGUCAUUGGCAUUUUCCUCAUUACUGAUGAGAUCUGGAGGGACGGCGCCAACCCUGCAUCACCAAACUUCAUCGACGAGCAGCACCAGAACGCCUCGUCGCCCCCCACCCACCUGGCGGUCAUCGUCACACCGACCAGCGCUUACUACAUCAUCUACAUCUACGUGGCCACGUCGGAGAGCGUGCUGGCCUUGGGGUUCUUCAGGGGUCUCCCGUUAGUGCACACGUUACUCACUGUGUCCAAAAGACUGCACGAACAGAUGCUCAGCGCCGUGCUACGAGCCCCCAUGGCGGUGCUCAACACUAUGAAGACAGGCCGCAUCAUGAACAGAUUCACCAAGGACAUGGCCACCAUAGAUGACAUGCUGCCUCUGGUGCUGUUUGACCUCAUUCAGCUCACAUUGAUUGUUACGGGUGCCAUCUUCACCGUGUCCAUCAUGCGGCCUUACAUCUUCAUCGCUGCCAUCCCGUUGGCCGUCGUCUUUGUUAUCCUCAGAAAGUACUUCUUACGAACUGGACAGCAACUCAAGCUACUGGAGGCUGAAGCUCGUAGCCCCAUCUUCUCCCACCUCAUCAUCUCGCUGAAGGGUUUAUGGACAAUUCGGGCGUUUGGGCGUCAGACCUACUUCGAGACGCUCUUCCACAAGGCGCUGAACACUCACACAGCCACCUGGUUCCACUACUUGUGCACGCUGCGCUGGUUCCUCUUCCGCUGCGACAUGAUCUUCGUCCUGUUCUUCACCGCCGCUGCCUUCAUCGCCGUGGGAACCAACCAGGACAAACCCGGGGAGAUUGGCAUCAUCGUGGCCCUGGCUAUGCUCAUCCUGGGGACUUUCCAGUGGGCUGUCAUCACCAGCAUCACUGUAGACGGACUGAUGCGUUCAGUGGAUCGUGUGUUCAAGUUCAUCGACCUGCCAUCAGAGGAGCCGCUGCCGGGCAAAUCCGGCGGCAAAGGAAGCCCCGACCUCGUCAUCGACAACCCGCACGCCCGGGACUGCUGGCCCAACCGCGGCCAGAUGGACGUCAAGGGCCUCACUGUCAAAUACACAGAGGCUGGACGCGCCGUCCUCAGCGACAUCUCCUUCUCCGUGGAUGGAGGGCAGAGCAUGGGUCUGCUGGGUCGAACCGGUUCAGGGAAGAGCACCCUGCUCUCCGCUCUGCUGCGUCUGGCCUCCACUGACGGAGAAAUCUCCAUCGACGGCGUCUCCUGGAGCUCCGUCUCGCUGCAAACGUGGAGGAAGGCCUUUGGGGUGUUGCCGCAGAGAGUUUUUAUUCUGACCGGCUCUUUCCGGAUGAACCUGGACCCACACGGACGUUACAGCGAUGAGGAGCUGUGGAGGGUCGCCGAGGAGGUGGGUUUGAAGUCGGUGAUCGAGCAGUUUCCAGACAAGCUGGACUUCCGGCUGGAGGACGGAGGCAACGUGUUGAGCAACGGACACAAACAGCUGAUGUGUCUCGCCCGCUCCAUCCUCAGCAAGGCCCGCAUCCUGCUGCUGGACGAACCCUCUUCCUACCUCGACCCCAUAACGUUACAGGUCCUGAGGAAGACGCUGAAGCACGUGUUCUCCGGCUGUACCGUCAUCCUAUCAGAACACAGAGUGGAGCCGCUGCUGGAGUGUCAAUCAUUCCUGAUGAUCGAGGGCAGCUCCAUUAAAAGCUACGACUCCAUCCAGAAGCUGCUGAACGAGACGAGUCACCUGAAACAGGCCAUGAGCCAGGCCGACCGGCUCCGCCUCUUCCCGACGCUCCACCGCCUCAACUCCAGCAAGAGGGCGCCGCCGCAGGCCGCCAAGAUCUCGUCCCUGCCGGAGGAAGCUGAGGACGAAGUCCAUGACACUCGCCUCUAACCAACAAGGCAACAAACACACACACACACGCCUAACUGUAACAGACAAAAACAAGGGGUUUGAUCCAGUGUUUUGAUACUGAUCAUUUUGAGGAUAAGUGGCCAAUAAUUAGCAGUGAAACAGCAUCUCACUCACUAUGGGACACUAAAAAUUAAAUAUAAAAAAUACUUUUCAAUUACUAUUCAAUAGUAGAAGACCUCAAUUUACACUGAAUCAUAAUUGGCUAAAAUCAAAAAUGAAAUGCUUGAAGAAAAUAAAAAUUCCAAGUUUUCCAUCAUAUCAUUUUCCAGCACAAUGUGGAGGCGGAGAUUACAGAAACAGAAACUUCAUAUUAGAAGUGUGCAAAACUUAAGAGCAACACCACAUAUUGACCAACACAGUACAACAUGUCUGCAAGUUUAGAAAAGAUAUUAUGUAGGUGGAUUGGAAUUAAAAGAUGCAAGAUGCUGUUAAUCUGUUACUAAAUUAGAAAAAGAAUAAUAAUCCAGAGUGUGUAUGUGCUGCAGGGAGAGAUCUGAUUAGGAGGAUCUGACUUCCAGGAGCAGAGCUAGAAGUAAUAUGCACAUAAUAACAUGUCCCAAAUGCUAUGGGUGAGUCUGAGUAACUGGACACUUAUUUGUUGGACCAUCUCAAGUGCCUUUGCAGAUUUCAGUCAGUCAGGGUUUUUUUGGGGGGGUCUGAUCAAGCUGUGUGAGGGUUCCUUCGGUUCAGAUAAUCCUCAGUUUUUUUCUCUGACACCAACAUAUUUUUUGCUUUGAAAAAGCAUAAAUUGCAUUAUAGUUUUUUCGAUAAUUGUUUUAAAAAAAAAAACUUUCAUUGGUUUGAAUUAAGGGACUUUUACUUGCUAAGAAAAAAAGUUUUGUUCUGAACAGCCAGCUGCUUUUCACUGGAGCCUUCAAUCUCUUUAUUUUGUUUUAACUCGGACUGAACACUAAAAUAGCAGCCACUGUAGAAGUCUGACUUAUUCUACGGUAUCCUGCACGAUCGGAUUUAUCUCCUGUCCAAUUAUGAAGUUUGACUUCUUAUUUGCAUUUUGAUGUAUUGCAUUAGAAAAGCCGUAUAAGAAACGGCGAUAUAAAACUUUCUCAUUUGCGGAAAAAGUUUUUACGCCUUUGUCGAAAAGGAGUUGAUGCGCUAAACGGAUUAUGGAAAUGACUUUGUUGAAUAAAUUCUGACGUAGCGAACAUUUAACUCACAUGACUUUCCAGCUGUUUCCACUGUUGCCAUCUUCCAGGUUAUAUAUUUAUAUCGUCUUCAUCUCCAGACGGCAUGAAACAUGGUUUUCAGAAAGGCUGCCCAGUUGGAAUAAAUCUGAAAACGCUUUUCUCACAUUUGUGUCUGUGGACGAGGAAAACAAAGCUUCUCCAAAACGUUAAGGUUAACAAAAGAACUUUUUCGAUUUUAAAAUCUGUAAAUCCGACAGGAAGAAAAGAGAUCAGAGCCUUGUGAAACAGUGAAUUAAGGCAAACUAGAGAAAGAGUAAGACUUCUACAGUGGCUUCAUGUGUGUUGCGUUGAAGUAUCUUCUGAAUAUUUGCUUUUGUAUCUUCGGUUAGUCGGUCAAACCCUGCACAGUAACAUCACUGCCGUCAACACACGCAUCAACAGGAACAGUGAAACAGUGACGCUAUCGGCUGACGCUAACGAGUGAUUACUCAGAAACUCUUAUUUUUCUAUCUGUAUGCACUUUAGAGACACCCUGAGGUACUCAUCAGCUUUCACAGCAAGGAAACAGUCAAAUGAUUAAAUGCUGUGCAACAGUGUUUUUUUUUCAAAGUCUUUGUCAACAAAUUACGCUUUUUACUUUCAUUUUUCAGCCUCUGUUAUUAUUAUAGAGAGAUGGUUUUAAUUCAUCAAAAAACUAAAUUUUCUAUUUGAAAUAAAGUAUAUUUUUUCAGAGCUGUUGCUGUACAAACGCAAAACAAACUUUAAGCAUUUCUUUAUCAUUUUCCAAGUUAUAUCUGUACUUCCCUUGGAAACUGGAAACCAUUUUGACUCUUCUAACAUCACUUUAUUUUCUUUGGUUGAGGGAAGAGUGUGUUGCUCCUUUCAUACUGUAUAAUAGUUUUGUAAAGCAGCGAUGAUGAAAAUUAAGGUACCAUGGAGAAAUGCCUUGAUAUGUAAACUGUGACGACAGAUUUUUUUUACAGAGUAAAUUAAGAACAAAGCUGUUUCUUACUCAUAGGAAAGGGACACAGAUGUCCAAAAAAUGUAUAAAUGUAUUUGUUCAAUCAACUAUAUUUCCAGUAAAACUAAAGAUUUGAGAAUGUCA